GGAGAGCAUCCCCGCCCGAAGUUAAGGAGCUCAAGUGGGCUUCCAGGAGCGCCACAGAAAACUUGGAGCUCCAGGAGCCCCUAGGAGCGUCUUUGCUCCGUGCCUUUUGCUCCUGGUGUUAUUUUUCCUCGUUGACCGCCCUGGGUCUCCUUUUUUUCAAAUUUCCCGGGCGCUCAAUUUCCAUGGAAAGCUCUGUGGACGUGGCCGAAGCGCUGCGGCAGCUGGUGACGCAGCGCGCGCAGAAUCGGCGGCCCAGCUCGGCACAGCCGGUGUUGCACCGCUCAGAGUUUGUGCCUGAGCAUGGUGAGGAGAACCGAGAGGAUUGGAGUUCCCGGAUCCCCCCGGUGCAGCAUUUGGAGCACAGCUUACCCUUCUUCGAACACAUGGAGGAGCGGCUCGACGCCUUGUCGGACCAGCGGAUCUCCUCAUACAAGGUCAUCGAGCGCGAAGUGUUGGACCGGCGGAACACAGCGGAGCUGCUGCAGGUGAAGUACCGCGAGGCGGAAGCCAGGUGCGCUGCCGCAGAACGGCGGCUGGAGCAAUUUCGGCAGAACGAGCGCAGGCUGAAGGCCACGCAGGAAGAGAUGCGUGUGCUUUGGAUGUACGUGGAACAGGCCAAGGAGGAGAACCGAGGACUGCGCGAGACCCUGGAGGCCAAGGACCAGCAGAUCGAAGCGUUGCAGGCAGAGUUAGAGAGAGGCUUCGAGCGUGAGCAAGCCAUCUCUGGGAUGCCCAAGGUGUUUCGCCAAGACAAGCGGACAGCAGUCAUCAAGCAGAACAUUGCAGGGCAGAAGAUGGGCGACGAGGCUCCAGACACCUCGCGAGUGCGAAAGAAGAAGAGCCCUUCGAAGAGGAACAUGAAGGCUCCUCAACUCGCGCAGAUUGAAGCCUUUGAGAAAGUCAUUCGAAUGGAGGAGGACGCAAGGUUCCCAGCCUUACCAGCCAGGCAGCCUGCUGGUUAACCCAGCCAGGUGGUUCUCCAGCCAGCUAGCCUUGAGUUCGGAGCGCCAGCCAUAGAUACAAGGAGCCAAAAUAACUUUUAGAGC